AGAAACCUCCCACCACUGUAUCAUUAUACUUGCUCUAUGCUUUCUUGGGGGAGGGUCUCUCUCCAGUCUUACGUAAGACAGUGUGAAUAUAAGCAGGGGACAGUCAGCUGCAAAGACCAGACUGGGCAAUUCCGGGCACCUUCUCUUGUAAGGAAGCAGCAGCUGAUUGCAACCGUCUCUCAGAGUCUAUCUGAAACCUCUCAUCAACAUGCCUGAAAACGGAACCUGCGCCUCUGUCAUUAACCUGCGUUACCAGGAUGGCAGCGAGGGCAGCCCCUCCAACCCUGCCAAGUACAAGAACCAAGCCUAUGCGCAGCUGAGAGAAAACUGCCUCCGCAGAGGCUCGCUGUUUGUGGACAGCACCUUCCCACCUGACAACCGCUCUCUGGGAGACCUGUCAAGUCUGAAGAGCUGGCAGGAGGAUGAAGUGGAGUGGCUUCGUCCAGCUGAAAUCUUGAAAAGGCAAAACAACAGCAGUGAGCCUGCUUUCUGUGUUCAGGGAGCCUCACGCUUUGACUUUGGUCAGGGCUAUGUUGGUAACUGCUGGUUCCUGGCUUCAAUUUCUGCAUUGACAUUGCAAAAACGCCUGUUGGCCCAGGUUGUGCCAAUGGACCAGACCUUCAAGAACUAUGCAGGAAUAUUUCAUUUCAGGUUCUGGAGGUUCGGCCAGUGGGUGGACGUUGUCAUUGACGACCACCUGCCAACACUGAACAACCAGUUGCUGUCUGUGCACUGCAAUGGAGGAAAUGAGUUCUGGGUUCCUCUGCUGGAGAAGGCGUAUGCCAAAGUGUGCGGUUCCUACGCAGACAUGAGCGCUGGCUUACCAUCAGAGGCCUGCAAGGAUUUCACUGGAGGCGUGGCCAUGAUGUUCCAACUCAGGGAGGUCCAUAGCGCAGGCCACGAUGUUAAACUGUGGAACCAACUAACCAAUGCCACUGAGUGCAACUCACUGAUUUGCUGUGGGACUGCCCAGAAGGGGGAUAAACUGGUGAACACUGUGGCCCACACUGGACUGGUGGAUGCCCAUGCCUACUCUAUCACAGGUGUCACUGAGGUGACGUAUUACGGCUCCAAAGUGAGGCUGGUGCGAAUCAUGAACCCCUGGGGCAAAACGGAGUGGAACGGAAAGUGGAGCGACAAGUCAGACCUGUGGAACAGUGUGAGCCAGGCGGAUCGGGAAAAGUGCUUUAAUCGUGACAAUGGAGAGUUCUGGAUGGAGCUGGAGGACUUCUGCCAUUAUUUCCUCAUGAUGUUCAUCUGCUGCGAGAACCCCAACUUCCUUGAUGGUGACACCGACACCCAGUGGAAAUGCCAGAUUUACGAUGGCAAGUGGGUGGCGGGGAGAUCUGCAGGUGGCAACGUGAACAGCUCUACCUUUGCCACAAACCCUCAGUAUCGGAUCCAGGUGACCAUCUUGGACAAGGAUGAGAAAGAAGACCAGAACAUCCUGAUUUCUCUGAUGCAGAAACCAGAGCAGGGCCAUCGCAAGAAGAGACACCUCAACCCAGUCGGACUCACCCUCUUCAAGGUCUGCAUUCGGAAAUUUUGUCUCUUAAAUAGAAGAUAAUGUUGUAGUAUUUGUGACUGAUUUGAUGUAUAUUGUAUAAUGACAUUCUCCUUCCCAUUUCACAUCCAACAGGUUCCACCAGGGGUAAGCACAUAGAAGAACACUCCCAACUGUGCAUACAAAACAAAUUCCACAUUUACAUAACCCAGAUAAAGCAAUUUGAUACUCAAGAAACACUGUCAUCACAUUAAAUAAGGUUCAUUAUACUUCCAGACGCCAGCCGGACGUCUGGGAUCUGACUUCUUUAGGAGAAGCCAACCUGUGAAGCAAAGACAGAUGUACGACUAUGCCAGGGAUCUGAUUGAGCAGCACAGUCUGCAGCCUGGAGAGUAUGUGAUCGUCCCCUCUACCAUGAAGCCCUACACAAGUGCAGAGUUUGUCCUCAGCGUCUAC